AUGCCAUCACUCAAUAGCCUGUCCCUUUUUGCGGCCGGGGCCCAUUCACUUGGCCAGCCGAUUGGCCAAAUUUUGGUCAAAAAAGCCCAAAUUCGGCCCCAUAGACGCGACUGGUCAGUACUCUUCACCAAUCCAUCCACCUUUCUUUGCUUUCGCUUCUUCUGUCUGCUGAUCUGCUUGGCAAUUCUGGCGGGCAACGGGGUCGAGCCUGAACAAAAAGGGGUCAGUUUGGCAGAUUCGAGCAUCGCUGACCUAUUUGACUACCAAUCGUCUGAUCGUCUCGUACUGCCGGGAAAUACAUCAGCGUCACAGCCUGCCUUCUCGAGAAACCUCAGAAAAGUAGCUUCGUACAAUCGGCCCGAAGGAUUGGCUGGCCCUGGUCGGGAAAUCCACAUGGAGACAGAGCUUGUCAGGCAAGAGAAAGCGGAAAAGAAAAGGGUCGGGGCGCUGAAAGAUAAGGAGGUUAAUUGUCAAGAGGAGAGAUUGAUCUUCUCGGACCAUCUACAAGAACUUGAGGUCGUGGAAGGUUCUCGUCGAUGGAGGCGAGGAGAGCCGGCAGACGGCGAGGAGCGUGAAACCGUCUUGCUUGAGCAUGAACUUUCGAGCACAGACUACAGGGUAGCAUAUCUGGAAGGUGAAUUAACUUGCUGA